AUUUGAAGUAAGCAAAAAUGAGAAAUCGCUGAGGCUGAAUCUGAAUUGAUAAUAAUAUUAUUGAUUUUACAAUCAGGCAAAUUUUAAAUAUAACAUUUGAUAUGUUUAAAUUUUGGACAGUUUCUGUUAUUUUUGUAUUCAGUUAUUUUAUCAAAUCACAUGAGUGCAUGAAGUACUCAAAUUAUACUUUGUAUAGAGGAAUGCCAGUGAAUGAGAAACAUUUAGAAUUCUUCAGGAAUCUAAGUGAUAUGUACGAUGUUAAUUUUUGGACCCCUCCCGGGAACCUUAAUAAGCCCGUAGACUUUACCAUAAAGCCUGAAGACCAGGCGGGUUUCUUGAAGAAAGCUGAUGAAAAUGGUAUCUAUUUGUCUACGAUAAUGCGGGACAUCCAAAGAGCAUUCGAUAAACAAACAGUAAGGAGUUACAUAAGGCGCAACAUGGAGUCCUUCAAUUGGCAAAGCUAUUUUAGAUUUAAAGAUAUCCAUAACUGGUUGAUCGACCUACAGAAAAUGUACCCAAAAGAGUUACAACUUAUCGAAAUAGGAAAAUCAGCUGAAGGAAGAAAGAUGAUAGCUGUUAAAAUUAUUUUAAUAGGAUCUAAGCGAAGGUCUACGGUCAUAGUUGAAGGAGGCAUACAUGCCAGGGAGUGGAUAUCGCCAGCUUUUGUCACUUUCAUGAUAUACAAAACUAUCACCGCUCCGAAGUCUAAUGACAAAGAAUGGAAAGCCGUCGCGCUAACUUACGAAUGGUAUUUCCUGCCAGUUGUAAACCCUGAUGGAUACGAGUACAGUCACACGGAAGAUAGACUUUGGAGAAAGAAUCGAAACGAUCCUAGUGUUGACAUAAAUAGAAACUUCGACACUGCAUUUGGAACGAUUGGUGUUAGCUUCCAGCACCAAUCUGACACGUAUUGCGGCAAACACGCCUUCUCCGAGCCAGAAGCUAUGGCGAUGGCGAAUUUCAUUAAACAGCGUAGCAAAUCUCUAGAAUACUAUAUAAGUUUCCAUUCGUACGGACAGUAUAUGAUCAUACCUUACGCUCAUUUGACUACUCACGAGGACAAUUACGAUGAAAUGAAAGAAAUAGGAAAGCAAGUUGAAAAGAAGAUCUCCAGAAGAUUUAAUACAAAAUAUCUUGUAGGAACAGCCUAUGAUACUGUUGGUUAUAGAACAUCGGGCGUCAGUGGAUGUUGGGUCAAGAAGGAAUUCAGAGUCCCAUACGUCCUGACGUUUGAGCUUCGUGACGAUGGAGAGAGCGGCUUCGCUCUACCACCAGAACAGAUCCUGCCAACCUGCCAAGAAACAAUGGACGGCAUGAAGACCCUGUUGACACCUCGAGUUGCUCGUUUCCAAAAACUUGGACCCCCCGACCGAUUAAUAGAUUGCCAAAGUCGUAUCGUCUCCAACACGAUCAUCACGAUUUGUAAUAUGUGUUUAUUUUUAAUAGUACGAUUCUACUAA